AUGGGGGAGGUCUUUCUCGACAAGACAAUUAGCCUACUCUCGUCAGACAAGCAGAAGGCCCGCUCGGACGGUUUGGCAGAUUUGAAACACAUCUUCCAGCAGAACAAGAAGAGCUCCAAGCUACAAACACUCAAUGAUAAAGCUUGCCACAAGAUCUUCGAAUCACUAUUCCGUUUCGUCGCAGCAGAAAGGUCAAUAUAUAAUCGAAACCAAAAGUCCACGAACACACCUUCUGCAUCGCGGCUUUCGACAUGUGCUUCCGUACUCCGAAUGGCGGUUGACCUCUUUCUGAGAAAUUUGAGAAUCAAAACAGUCCGUGCCAUCUUCGACCACAUUACUGAGACAAUACCAGUCCCCGGGGAAGGUCUUUGGGAACCUCUGAGCCUGGACUAUACCAAAUGUUUGGCCUCGCUUCUACGCUACCGUCCUCAUACUGAGCAUCUUGACGAGGAAGAUUGGGAAAACCUCAUGAGCUUUUGUCUUGCCAGUAUUAGCCCCCGGGAGAAUGAAGACAGUCAACUGAGUAUUCGAAGCGGUUAUCGAUCCGUCCCCGAAGAUCAAGAUGCCAGCGACAGCCGUUCUACCCCCUCAAGGAUGACCAUCGCCCCUACCUCAGUCAGCAGGGAAAGUCACGGCAAUAGGAAUGUCAUUGAAGAAGUUGUAAUCUGUAUUCAACUCUUGACAGCUUGUCCGAACCCCCCUCUGCAAACUACGGCCCAAAGGAUACUUCACGGACUUUCGGAGUUUGUCGAGUCACCUGUAGCUGGAAAUGCACACCAGCUCGCGUUCAAUAGCAUCAAUGCAGUCGUUACAAAAGUCAUGUUUGAUCAAUCCGAACUUGUCCGUUCAGUUCUCUUGGGCUUGGUUCCAGUAAUUCGACGCCUAUGGGCCACUAGGUUACAGAUUCUCAAGGACGAGUUGCUUGCCACUUUGAUGCUGUCGAUGGUCGUCCUUGUGGACAUUGCUCGGAAAGACCCAUCUGAAUCUCUGGCGCACGACAUCGAAGGAUUGGCCAGUACCCUUCAUUCGGAAUAUGUGAGACGAUCAGAAAAGGAGAUCCUACAAAUCGAUGAAACAACACUCUAUCAAAAUGAAGCAUGCCAGAGCAGACCAGUAUAUGGGCCUCGCCUUGGGACUUCCAGAUCUGAGCAUCACUGGACAGUCCUCUGGUUGAUUUCAAAGCUGCUCAAACUCUCAGAGGGUAUACAUACCCGAAUCAAGUCUGGAUCAGCACGCCAAGGCUCAAGCAAAAGGCAACGUUUCAGUUCUGAGAUCCAGGACAUAUUUCGAGAUUCGGUCUCGGCCACCGGCACAAGGAGACUAUGCGCAUUACAACUCAUCCCAUUUCUUGAAUCCGAGGUUGACAUCGAGACCAAGGAACCUUUUUUCAUGCAGCUUGUUUUGAACAUUACUGACGGCAAUGGCGCUGUGUCAUCAUGGUCAAUGGUUGCUCUGACGAGUAUUGCGAAUGGAGCUAGUGCCCAAUCGCCAGGGAUUAGGUCCCACUGGCCACGAGUAGUCGAAUUUACUACGCGUGCAUUCUCAUCUCUGGUAACAUCGAGAGCUGCGUGUAACCUAUUGAGUAUGAUUUUGCAGUCAGACUUACUGGAUUACUCAGUGGCUAUGGAAACGAUGCGGUCACUCUUGACUUCUGCCAAUGGACCAUCUGCCAUCUCAGACUCGUCUUUAAGACUAUGGGCCUCAAUUGCACGAAUGAAGACACAACUUGAUCCUGGGUCGGCCCAGCAGGUCUCGAUGCAGAUAUGUGGCUGGCUGAGAGAAGUUUGGGCUGGUACGAGACUCCGAAAUGAUGUUUUCGUGAUUAUUGGCUCUGACAAUCAAGUUGCAGGUUCGGUGACUGAUCGAAUCCAGACAGCCCGAGUGGCUGCAUAUGCCCGUCCGUUGGACUUACUGGACCUAUUUUUGUCAUGCACUAAUCGAUCUUUCGCCAUUCCUCGUUAUCAAGUCACAGGACCAACGGGGCAUAUAGCCUGCACUUGGUUUUUUCUUCAUGAGAACCGUGAGUUGUUGAAGUAUUGUUUUGAUACCAGUUCGGCCCCAGAAAACCCCUGGGGUCUACAGGAAAUAUGGUCCUUGGAGCAAUUCUCUAGGCAAGACCCUGAUGAUAUAGUGAUCUUGGAUCUGCUUCGGGUGAAGUCCGAGGCGUUUUCACACGCAUGGCACGCUAUGAAUGAAGAAAGAUCACAUAUCACCCCGGAUAACUUGCAGAUUCUCGCGUCCUUUUGUGUUGUCGCUUCCCUCUUCAUGGCAUGUCUUCCUCAAUCAUUGCAAACUCGAUCUCGAUCACAAGAUCUGCAUCAGAAAUGUCAGAGUUUGUGGCACGCCAUAUGCGACUUUCUGGCAGCUCAUACUCAUGAGCCCGCUUUCAUGCAAUCUUGCCUAGAAUUGCUGUCGCCGCUCCUCGGUCCUUUAACAGGCUCUAACACCUCCCCUGCCAUCCAGAUUAGUCUCAAAGAGCUCGUUACUCCACUUUCCAAAACACUCGAGCAUUUCCGCCAGAGCUCAAAGAGUCCAUAUGCAGCCGAAGAUCCUAUGGACCUGGAUCUGGACGACCGAUUCAUGGCUGAAACCCCACUAGCGACUGAUGAGACCAUUCUUACCUUGAACCGAAAUUCUCUGUCUAUCUUCCUUGACCCUGUUACAUACCAACGCUGCGUAACCAUCCAACUGUCGAUAUUUCUCAGAACACAGGCAGAUUCUGGCUCGUCGUCAUCUAUCGCUGAAUACCUGACAGGAUUGGGUGAAGCGGAUAUCCUGGCCGCCCAAGCUAUUUUACCCGAUAUUUUCCAGCUGUGCUCGAAAUCGGAGCCCUCAGAGCUGCUUUCUAUGCUCGAAGAUUUGGGUGAAAAGUGUCUACAGUCUUAUGAAAUGGAGCGGUGCGAGGCUUCACAUUGCGUUUGCAUCUGCAUGAUGACCAGCUUUGUCGACUCCUGGACAAAUGGGCCUGACGAUACCUUGAAAGAGUCGGCUAUGGACUUGUACAAUUGGUUUAUGGAAGUUCUUUUGGCCCGGAAAAGAGCUGCCCCAAAGGUCUACAUUGCGUUAGCCCAGCUCAUCCAUGGGGUGAUUGGCACAUGCCCCUCAUAUGGCAAUGAGCAGUCUCUUCCAUCGCCACGAACAAGUUUAUUCACAAUCCUUCGAGAAGGUGAUGUUCAGGUCAAAUUCAGCGUUGCGAAAUUUAUCCCUGCGUUAUUUGAGCGGUUCCUUCUCAAGGACCACGAUGCCAUUUUCGAUGAUGUAUUGGAAAGUUUGCCGCGAGACCCGGAAUGGAUCGAGGGAAUUGCAGUCCGCCUUUUCGUGCUUUCGCAGUUAGCUUCCAGAUGGCACACUCUGCUACGAAGAAGCAUCUACCAUCUAUUCGAAACCCCAGCUCAAGUACCCCUAUCACUGUGGUAUGCCGAGAGAUGUAUGGUCUCUGUUUCUCGGACCCUUGGUCUGCAAGAUGCUAAAGAACUUUUCCGACUUUUCUCGUCUCAGAUACUCUACACGUGGACUGAGACACAGAGUAUCUUGUCUAUGCCAUUUAGUAUAUUUGGGUAUGACAACCUUCAAAACAUGCUGAUGGACGUCAAAGAUGAAAUCGUUGGACAAAUGAUGAUGCGUGCCAAGGAGCAGGAGACAAUUGAGCUUGCGAAACACCUUCAAAUUCCACAUCUCGAGCUAUUGGCGGCCUCCUUUCACAAGGCCGAGGCAUACAGCAUUGCACGAGAUAUCAGUACUCCUCCGGGGCAAGGCAGUCAGCCCAAGGGUGUUGAGAUCCGUCUGCGGAAACUUCUCGGGGCAGACCAGUUCAUGACACAAAUCGAGAGCCAAUUCCCCCUAAUUAUCGCCGCAUUCUUCAAAUCACUCGACUACUAUGACCAGAUCGAACGGGCAUUCUCAAAGCGUGAAGACUUCGGUUAUGCGCUCGACAUUCAAACGCAAAUAAUCAAUAAAAGCACGUCUCAAAAUGCAUUGCCAGCAAAUCAACAGCCCUCCUUUCGAGCACGCUAUCUCCUGGAUGAGAUCGAGUUUCUUUGCAGACGCACUGGUUUUGAAUUCGAAUUAAUAUGGACACCAUCACUGGUGUCUUUUGUCUGCCGUUCGCUGCUUGAAUCCAUACAUCCCGCCCUUGGCUCCCUUCACGCUUGUUCUGUGAUCCGCAAAAUCAGAAUUUUAGCAUGUGUGGCUGGCCCCAUCAUACUUAAAGACUAUCCUCUAGAGAUGACACUCAGCUCUUUGCGACCUUUCCUUAGCGACAUUCAUUGCUCUGAGGAUGCUCUUGGGGUUUUCUGGUAUCUACUCGAGGCAGGAAAACCAUAUCUCGAGAUGGCCCCGGGAUUUACUGCCGGUAUUGCUGUCUCAACACUAAUCACCCUCCGCAGAAUAUUUUCUUCGUUACCUGAGAACACCACUCAGGAAAUUCAGUUCAGAAAAGUACAGUCAAAUGCACGAGAAUUCUACCAAUGGCUGGUCGAGCUCCUUGGAGAGCUCCGUUCUUCUGAUUGGGAUACAGAGACGAAAAUAUCAUUUGAUCGGCUUGUCUCACUUGCUGAGAAAUUCUCGACGCCUGAGGGCUCUUCGGGUCGACAGAUUGGGAAGGAAUUGGUCUUUGAAGUUCUCAAAGACCGCGAUUCUGUGACUUCGCUGUUGAGUAAGCCUGUGGCGGAUCUUGUUCUGUCGCUCUUAUGUCCCGAGUUCGAGACAUCUGACACUGGGAAUUGGGUAUCGACUGAAGAUCUGGAUCUCGCUUCUCAUGUUGUAUCUCUAUGGCACACACUCCAAAACUCCAAUGGAGGAUCUCAAUAUCGACUUUGGGCUGCUCGGGUCAUCGGAAGAUCCUUCGCUGCCACUGGGAAAAUUAAUCAACUGCUCCUGCGAGAACAGGAUCUCUCCCUCUUCCAGUCCCCCGAGUCUUCUUUGUCAUCUGAUAUUUUCUGCCAUUCUAAGGCCAGAAUUCUUCGGGUGCUUUGCGAUAUGCUGCAUGUGCAAAAGCAUUUUGAAGCAGGCUUGGUUGAGCGUACUUUACAGCUGAUCGUCAGCAACAUCGUCAAUUAUCCAGACUUCAAAGGUUGCAGCGAGGUGAUUCCCGAAUCCCUGAUGAAAGCCCUCAUAUGGAACCCAUACACGUGCCCCGCAGUUUCACUGUCAAAUUCGGAGCAAGAGAGAUGCGAAAAUGCAACAGCCAGCGCCUCCGGGUUGUCGGUUGCUGACUGGGCUCGCAACGUUUCCCUGUUCUUAUCGAAUGCUGCUUUAGAAGACCCAGUCAUUGGCUCUCUUCGCAAAGUUCUCAAUGUGACUCCUGGUUUAGCGGUGCAGCUGUUGCCAUUCGUGAUUCAUGAUGUUUUGCUGUCAGAAAGGGACGAUAAAGACGAAAAGGGGGAGGUCCGAGAAAAUAUCUCUGCUGCUUUCCGAGAUGUAUUGUGUGAAGUUGGCGAGGAAACAUUACCUCACGCUCGGCUUGUGAUCAACUGCAUUCUCUACCUUCGCAAUCAACCCGUGCCAGAUGAGUCAACUAUAGUCCAGCGCGAUAAAUGGCUUGAUAUUGAGUUCGGAGAAGCAUCUUCGGCUGCGCAUCGCUGCGGCUUGCAUAAAACCUCACUGCUUUUCCUGGAAAUACAAACAUCCCGAGUGGUUACAACAUCUCGUCGGUCAUCUGUCGUUAGAUACGAGCCACCGCCCGCUUUAUUGCAUGAUGUCUUCAAAAACAUUGAUGAUCCGGAUUUGUUCUAUGGCAUUCAGCAGAGCUCGUCUUUGAACAGCGUCAUGGAACGGCUAGAGUACGAAAGCUCCGGAUUCAAAAAUCUCCUGUUCCAGAGUGCAAAAUACGACAGUGAAAUCCAGAUGUCUGACAAUGCGGAAUCAUACGGAGUGUUGAAAGCUUUGAAUGCUACCAACCUUCAGGGCAUUGCCAAUACUAUGCUCUCCGCCUCCAGCAGUGCAAACGAUGCCCCUGUUGCCUUUGACAGCAUGCUGCAAGCUGCAACUAGUCUUCAGAAAUGGGAUGUUCCAGUAUCUCCUUUGGAUUCGUCCCCGUCUGCCGCUGUAUUCCGUACAUUCCAAAACCUCAAUACCUCGGGUUCUCUGCUCGAGGUCACUAGCUCAAUUGAAAGCGGUCUGUUGACAACUCUAGGCUCUCUUCUUAAAACCAGUGGAUCCGCUAUUCAGCUGCGGAGCUCAAUGCGCGCGUUGGGAAUUAUGACUGAGAUCAGCGACACUUUGCACUCCGCGUCAUGUGAAGAUAUGGAGGAAGGAUGGCAGAAUAUGAUGGCGAGAAGCAGCUGGUUGAAAACGGAGAGCUAUCAUGAAGUUGGGGAAAUUCUGUCUUGGCAUGAGGCGUUGUUUUCAUCAGUCAGGAAAAGCGACAUUCUGAAAUCACGGGCAAAAUUGAGUCUUGGGGAUUCGCGACUUCUAGAAGCGAAGGUCAUUCGACAGUCUCUGGAAAUCACAAGAGCUCAUGGUAUCUCCCAGGCGUCUCUCAAGUCUGCGAUGAGCCUUUCGAAGCUUGCAGAACCGUGCGCAGCGUUGGGAAUGAACAUUGACGGGGCUGCAAACUUUGAUCUUGCCAAUGUCCUAUGGGACCAAGGAGAGAUGACUGCGUCCAUUCGCAUGCUCCAGCAACUGAAGGGCCAGAAUGGCCUUCAUAAGCAGGCAAUCCCUCUCAGUCGGGCCGAACUUCUCGUGACUUUGGGUCACCAUGUUGCUGAAGCACGCUUGGAAAAGCCUGACUCAAUUCUUCAAGAGUACCUAUAUCCCGCGGUCAAGGAGUUGAAAGGAAGUUCCGACGGAGAAGAGUCUGGACGGGUUUAUCACGGGUUUGCAACCUUUUGUGAUCAGCAGCUACUGAACCCUGAUGGACUGGAAGAUUUCAAGCGAGUCGAACAACUGCGUAACCGCAAGGAGAAAGAAGUCCUUGGCCUGGAAGACAUGAUGAAGAACGCAACAGGCAAGGAAAAAGAAUACCUGAAGAACUAUCGGGCCAAAGCAAAGCAAUGGUUCGACCUUGAUGACCGCGAAUACCAACGUUUGCUGCGGAGUCGGGAGGCUUUCCUACAGCAGUGCCUCGAAAAUUACCUUCUCAGUCUGAGGGAAAGUGAUGCUUACAACAACGAUGCUCUACGUUUCUGUGCACUCUGGCUUGACAAAUCAGACAGUGAGACUGCAAAUUCAGCUGUUUCUCGGUAUCUCAACGAGGUACCCAGCCGGAAAUUUGCACCAUUAAUGAACCAGCUUUCGUCUCGCCUACUGGAUGUCGCCGAUGACUUCCAGGGAUUGCUUACUCAAUUAGUUUUCAGGAUAUGUGUUGAGCAUCCUUUCCAUGGCAUGUACCAGAUUUUUGCUAGCAGCAAGUCCAAGGGAGGGAAAGAUCAGUCGUCUCACUCGCGUUUCCGUGCGGCAAAUCAGCUUGUGGAUCGUCUAAAGAACGACAGUCAGAUCGGUCAGACUUGGAUUGCUGUGCACAACGUGAACAUCAGCUACGUGCGAUUUGCGAUCGACAAACCAGACAGCAAAUACAAAAGUGGUGCUAAGGUUCCACUAAAGACCUUGACUACUGGCCAGCGCCUUGGACAAGAUGCCAUCACAUACAAACUACCACCACCGACAAUGAAAAUCGACCUCCGCGCGGAUUGCAACUACAGUCACGUUCCCACCGUCACGAAGUUCCACCCUGAGUUCACGAUUGCUUCCGGCGUUAGCGCGCCGAAAAUUGUGACCGCCAUUGCAUCCAACGGCGAGCGCUACAAGCAAUUGUACAAGGGAGGAAAUGAUGAUUUGCGCCAAGAUGCCAUCAUGGAGCAAGUAUUUGAGCAAGUCAGCAGUCUUUUGAAAGACCACCAGCCCACACGCCAGCGGAGCUUAGGUAUUCGAACAUACAAAGUUCUCCCAUUGACACCAAGCGCCGGAAUAAUUGAGUUCGUUCCGAACACGAUUCCUCUGCACGACUACCUGAUGCCCGCACAUCAAAAAUACUUCCCGAAGGACAUGAAACCCAACUCUUGCCGGAAACACAUCGCCGACGUGCAGACCAAAUCGUUUGAGCAACGCGUCAGAACCUAUCGACAGGUGACCGAGCAUUUCCAUCCAGUCUUGAGGUAUUUCUUCAUGGAGAAAUUCAAUAACCCAGACGACUGGUUUAGCAAGCGGCUAGCAUACACAAGAAGUACCGCUGCCAUCUCCAUCCUGGGUCAUGUGCUCGGCCUCGGUGAUCGACAUGGCCAUAAUAUCCUGCUCGAUGAGAAAACCGGAGAGGUGGUGCAUAUUGAUCUCGGUGUAGCGUUUGAGCAGGGACGGGUGCUACCUGUUCCCGAGGUAGUCCCGUUCCGCUUAACGCGCGAUCUAGUUGAUGGGUUCGGUGUCACAAAGACCGAAGGCGUCUUCCGGCGCUGCUGCGAGUUCACCCUAGAAGCACUCCGCCAAGAGUCAUACAGUAUAAUGACAAUCCUUGACGUACUACGGUACGACCCACUGUAUAGUUGGACUGUCUCUCCGCUUCGCAUCAAAAAGAUGCAGAUGCAAGAUAACCAAGGCGAGAACGAGAAUGAGCCUAGUGAAGCUGAUCGUGCAUUGACUGUGGUGGCGAAAAAACUAAGCAAAACGCUCAGCGUGACUGCUACUGUGAAUGAGUUAGUUCAGCAGGCGUGUGAUGAGAAGAACCUUGCUAUGCUGUACUGCGGCUGGGCUUCUUAUGCGUAG